AUGUCACCCCCCGGGCCGGCCUCGCCACCACCGCCCUCACCUGCGGCGUCCACCCGUCGGCGUCCCGCGGCCAGCCCGGAGUCCGCGCAGCGCCCGCUCGCCAUGUGUCCCCCGCGCAGCCUCCUCCUCACAGCCAUCCUGGUCCUCCUGAACCACCUGGACCACCUCAGUGUGGCCAGGAACCUCCCCACAGCCACACCAGGCCCAGGAAUGUUCCAGUGCCUCAACCACUCCCAAAACCUGCUGAGGACUGUCAGCAACACCCUUCAGAAGGCCAGACAAACCCUAGAAUUGUACCCGUGCACCUCUGAAGAGAUCGAUCAUGAGGACAUCACCAAAGAUAGGAGCAGCACAGCGGCAGCCUGCCUGCCCCUGGAGCUAACCCCGAAUGAGAGUUGCCUGGCUUCCAGAGAGAGCUCUUUCGUCACUAAUGGGAGUUGCUUGACCUCCGGAAAGGCCUCUUUUAUGAUGACCUUGUGCCUUAGCAGCAUCUAUGAGGACUUGAAGAUGUACCAGGUGGAGUUCAAGGCCAUGAAUGCAAAGCUUUUGAUAGAUCCUAAGAGGCAGAUCUUUCUGGAUCAGAAUAUGCUGGCAGCUAUUGAUGAGCUGAUGCAGGCCCUGAAUUUCAGCAGUGAGACUGUGCCACAAAAGCCCUCCCUUGAAGACCUGGAUUUUUAUAAAACUAAAAUCAGGCUCUGCAUCCUUCUGCACGCCUUCAGAAUCCGUGCAGUGACCAUCAACAGAAUGAUGAGUUAUCUGAAUUCUUCCUAAAACGCGCAGGUCUCUCCCAACUUUAAAGUCAUUUUUAUAAGAAU